CUCCGGGCGGAGUUUUGAGCGGGCCGCUCUUCCUCCUCUUCCCGCCAUGGCGUUUCCUCUGACCGGUGGGAGCUGGAAAGUGCUGGAGCCGAGGGCCCGCUCCAAGCGUUCAGGCUCUGUAUACGAGCCCCUUAAAAGCAUUAAUCUGCUAAGACCAGAUGCAGAGAGUCUGUGGGAUAAGUUGGAUCAUUACUACCUUAUAGUUAAGUCAACGGUGUUAGUUUUCCAAAGUCCAACCACUGGUCUUUUCCCCACAAAAACGUACGGUGAGAACCAGAGAGCAAAAAUACACGACAGUCUUUAUUGUGCUGCAUGCGUCUGGGCUCUGGCACUGGCGUACAGGCGUAUUGAUGAUGACAAGGGACGAACCCAUGAGCUGGAGCAUUCUGCUAUAAAAUGUAUGCGAGGAAUUCUCUACUGCUACAUGCGCCAGGCUGAUAAGGUUCAACAAUAUAAGCAAGAUCCUAAGCCAUCCAAAUGCCUGCAUUCUGUUUUCAAUGUUCACACAGGCGAUGAGGUCUUUUCUCAUGAGGAAUAUGGUCAUCUGCAGAUAAAUGCUGUAUCACUCUUCCUCCUCUACCUGGUGGAGAUGAUUUCAUCUGGUCUGCAGAUUAUCUACAACACAGAUGAGGUUUCUUUCAUACAAAACCUCGUUUUCUGUGUAGAAAGGGCUUAUCGGGUGCCGGACUUUGGUGUGUGGGAAAGAGGAAGCAAAUACAACAAUGGAAGCACUGAAUUGCAUUCAAGUUCUGUCGGGUUGGCAAAAGCAGCUCUAGAAGCAAUUAACGGAUUCAACCUCUUUGGCAAUCAGGGUUGUUCGUGGUCUGUCAUUUUUGUAGACCUUGAUGCUCAUAAUCGGAACAGGCAAACCCUUUGCUCAUUGCUUCCUCGUGAAUCAAGAUCUCAUAACACUGAUGCUGCUCUCCUACCUUGUAUCAGCUACCCUGCAUUUGCUGUGGACGACGAAGCUUUGUACAGUCAAACAGUUGAUAAAAUAGUUAGAAAACUCAAAGGAAAAUAUGGAUUUAAGCGUUUUUUGAGAGAUGGUUAUAGAACCGCGUUGGAGGACAAAAACCGACAGUACUAUAAACCAGCAGAAAUUAAGCUCUUUGAUGGCAUUGAAUGCGAAUUUCCUCUCUUUUUUAUUUUUAUGACGAUUGAUGGAGUCUUCCGAGGUAACACUGAGCAAGUCAAAGAAUAUCAGCAGCUUCUGGAUCCUUUACUACAACAGUCAUCCGAAGGCCAUCCUGUUGUACCUAAAUAUUACUAUGUGCCAGCUGAUUUUGUUGAACUGGAACAGAAAAAUCCUGGCAGCCAGAAAAGAUUUCCUAGCAACCAUGGACGAGACGGAAAGUUCUUUCUGUGGGGACAGUCCCUCUAUAUUAUUUCAAAACUUCUUGUUGAUGGUUUAGUAAGCGUUAAAGAUAUCGACCCAGUGAAGCGUUUCAUUCCGCCUCAAGAUCAACGGAACGUUAGCAUGAGAUACUCAAAUCAGGGUCCCUUAGAAAAUGACCUAGUGGUCCAUGUUGCAUUGAUCGCUGAAAGCCAGCGCUUGCAGGUUUUUCUGAACACAUAUGGAAUCCAAACGCAAACACCACAGCAGGUUGAACCCAUCCAGAUUUGGCCUCAACAAGAGCUUGUGAAGGCUUACUUCCAUCUGGGCAUCAAUGAAAAACUGGGACUCUCAGGAAGACCCGAUCGGCCAAUUGGUUGCCUUGGAACAUCAAAGAUUUAUCGAAUACUGGGAAAAACGGUUGUUUGCUACCCAAUCAUCUUUGACUUGAGUGAUUUCUACAUGUCCCAGGAUGUUAUGAUGUUGAUUGAUGAUAUUAAGAGUGCUUUGCAGUUCAUUAAGCAGUACUGGAAAAUGCACGGCCGCCCCUUGUUCCUUGUGCUCAUUCGAGAGGACAAUAUAAAGGGAAGUAGAUUCAACCCAAUACUAGACAUGCUCGCCUCCUUUAAGAAAGGUGUUGUCGGUGGAGUGAAGGUUCACGUCGACAGACUGCAG